GACACCAAAAAAAACGUGCUUUUUUUUUUUUUUCUGUGUGAAUUCUCUGUGUGUGUUUUUUCUGUCGUCGAGGGAUAUUUUGGACAUUUGACUUUUUGGACUCUAUUGUCCUCACCUUGAAUCCACAGACUCAGGCCGGUGACGUCCCGCCGACAUGGCUCCCACCUUGGCCACGGCCUUCGCCCGCCGCUGGUGGAUGGCGGUGACGGCGGUGAUUGAGAACCUGCUGUUCUCCGCCGUGCUGCUGGGAUGGGGAUCCCUGCUCAUCAUGCUGAAGUCGGAGGGCUUCUACUCCUACAUGUGCAAAGGGCCGAGAAACAUCUCCAACCUCAACUUCUCCAACAUGUCCACCUCUGCACCGCCCGACACCGAGGAGUACCUGGAGAUGAACGGCUGGCCGAUCUGCAAGGACCAGGACGAGAUGCUGAACCUGGCCUUCACCGUGGGCUCCUUCCUGCUGUCGGCCAUCACCCUGCCGAUGGGCAUCGUCAUGGACAAAUACGGUCCACGGAAGCUACGACUUCUGGGCAGUGCCUGCUUCGCCUUCUCCUGCCUCCUCAUCGCCUACGGUGCCAAUGAUCCCAACAAUCUGUCCAUCCUGAUCUUCUUUGCUUUGGCGAUGAACGGGUUCGGAGGCAUGUGCAUGACCUUCACCUCUCUGACACUCCCCAGCAUGUUUGGAGACCUCAGGUCGACCUUCAUCGCUCUGAUGAUCGGAUCCUACGCCUCAUCUGCCGUCACUUUCCCCGGCAUCAAGGUGAUCUACGAUCUGGGUGCCACCUUCAUCAUCAUCCUGCUGGUCUGGGCCGCCUGCGCCUGCCUCGUCUUCUUCAACUGCUUUGUCAACUGGCCUCUGGAGCCUUUCCCCGGCCCGGAGGACAUGGACUACACGGUGAAGAUUAAGUUCAGCUGGCUGGGCUUUGACCACAAGAUCACGGGGAAGCAGUUUUACCGACAGGUGACGACGGUGGGGCGCCGCCUCAGCGUCGGCAACUCCAUGAAGCAACAUCACAGCCAGCAACCCAAAGACCUGGCAUCACAGGAGGCCAACAAGCUGUGCCUGUCCACCGUGGACCUGGAUGUGAAGUGCAAGUCCAAGGAGGAGACUCAGUCCUUCAUGAAGAGCAUCUUCAGCCCCAUCUUCAUGUUGAGCCUCAUCACCAUGUGCGUCACCCAGCUUCGCCUCAUCUUCUACAUGGGAGCCAUGAACACCAUCCUGGAGUCGCUGACGGAGGGCGACCUCAGCACAGUGAGCGUCUACACGUCCAUCUUCGGCGUUCUCCAGCUGCUGUGUCUGAUCACCUCACCUGUGAUCGGCUACGUCAUGGACUGGAAGCUCAAAGACUGCGAGGAUGACAGUGACAAGAACACCAAGAGGGAGCCUGGUCAGCCCCGUCGGCGCGACAAACAGAUCCAGAAGAUCGUCAACGCCACCAGAGCCUUCAUCUUCACCAACCUGCUCCUGGUCGGCUUUGGAGUCAGCUGCAUCGUCCCCAACCUGCCGCUUCAGAUUCUGUCCUUCAUCCUUCACACGAUCGUCAGAGGCUUCAUCCACUCUGCAGUCGGAGGCCUCUAUGCUGCUGUGUACCCGUCCUCUCAGUUUGGCAGCCUCACCGGUAUGCAGUCUCUGAUCAGCGCUCUGUUCGCUCUGCUGCAGCAGCCGCUCUUCAUGGCCAUGGUGGGACCGCUGGAGGGAGACCCGCUCUGGGUGAACGUGGGCCUGUUGGUGCUGAGCAUGCUGGGAUUCUGCCUCCCGCUCUACCUCCUGUGCCACAGCCGCUACCUGCAGCGUCUCCGUGACGAGCAAGACGAGGAUCCAAAGAUCUACGUCAAGGUCAACAACGACUCCAAGCUCGAGGCUUUCGUCUAGACCGGAGGGAGGAAGAUGAUCUCCUUAAAAAAGAAAAAGAGUUGAUGGAGACGAGGGAAAGAUCCCCUACGAACACACUUUCACUCACAUCAUGUUACUGCCAAUCUUUAUUUGUUCAAAAUGGACUACACACCACUGUGACACCCGGUCUCACCCUCACUGUGACACACACACCGGCGCUGAGAGCUCCCACUCCCUGCGAACGCAUCGCUGAACUGAAUAGGAGAACAUGGGAGAAAAGAAAAGAAAAAAGCAAUGUUUUUUUUUUUAAAAUGACUCCUCUACACAUCUUCUCUUCACUCUGUGUCAUUUUUAUUUUCUCUGUGACGACGGACCUCUGUAAUAAAAAAGAAAAACAUAGAAGAAGAAGAUGCCAGCCAAUGAAAAGAGAGGAGGUUUCGGAGGAGGCAGCAUCUUUUUUUUAAAGGCCACCUCACAUGAACUGACUGUGGUAACCAUGACGACCUCAGUGUUCACAGGUGGAUGCUCUGUGUCUUAGAUUUAAAAAAUACUUAAAUGUCCUUUAUUGGGGGACGAAUAAACAGUCUUAUCUAGUUGCUACUUCCUGUUGUGCUCGAGGGCAUUAGUGGUAUUCAGCAGUAUUGGUAGCAACUCGGAUUGAAACACACAAAUGUUUAUUAGUCGGAUAAAAUUAGUCAGGAAAACACUGCAGCAGCAUCUCUGCAUGUGUGUGUGUGUGUGUGUGUGUGUGUGUGUGUGUGUGUGUGUGUGUGUGUGUGUGUGUUUUAGCGUGUGGAAAGCUGCUCUCCAAGGUCGGAGAAGACAACACUGCAUGAUGCCAGAGACACUUCUGGUUCUUGUAUUUCUGCUAAGACACACACUCGUUUCCUUUUGUGGUUUUUUGCUCAUGAACUCCUUUUGUGUGUUUUUUUCCUCAGAUGUAUUUACUUGCAAUACGUUCGCAGAUGCGUUUGUUAAAUCUUUGCUCCCUGAUAAGAUCUGAAGAGUAGAUAUACGGGACGUAGAUGUGAAGAGACGGCGCGUUUAUCUGCUCGUCACAAACACACAUAUGAAUUAUUUGGAGUCUAGAUUAAGUCGUAGCAAUAAGUGCUUCUGUGAGGUGCAAUCACACUUUCAUUUCAUGAGCUGUACUUCAAAAUACAUAAAAAAGGGUGCUAGUUGAAUCACAAAAAUGUUGUUGUAAAAGGGGGCAACAAAUUGCCAUCAAAUAUUCCUCAUUUUUGUUUUCACAGUGGAUUCCAAAGAAUCAAUCAGGUUACUGUUUUCUGCAACGUGACACAAAAAGUGCAACCUCAGCAAGAAGCGUCAGCAGCUUUUGGGGGAAACAUGAAUUUGCACUCUUGCAGACAUGAAGGGAGAUUUGCAUGAAUGAACCAGGCUGACGAAGACAAUAAAUAGAGAAUGAAACAGGGAGAUUAAUAAUGCUCCUUCUGAUAUUUAAAGUAACUCACAGAGGCACUUCCAAAGACAGACAUGACCCUCAGAGUGCCUCUCUAUGUGUGCAGGAGCUCGGAGGAGGCGCCACCCAAUCCCCCCUUUUCUCCAUCCCAAUCCAUCCCAAUCCAUCCGUCUGCAAAUACAAAAGUUCCCCGACGACAAGCGACAGAUCUGAGAGACAAGAUGCUCCCCGAAAAAUGAAAACGAAACGGCACACGAUGCACUUUAGACCUCCAGAAGUCGUUGACCCUCAGUCACGUUAUCGUACACGGCUGCAUAGAAUGUAUACUGUAGAUUUUGUUUUUUAAAUUCAGAACACGGGAGAGAUUCUGUUAUUUUUUUAUACUCACAGAAUUUAAAGAGAAAGAAAAACACAGAUUCAUGUUUAUUAUAUCGCCUUUUAAUAGUUUGGGCGGCGUCUUGUCUCUCAGUUCUCAGCGGACGUACCAAUACGAAUAAUUUACACAUAUUUACCCCUUUUACUAAACUGAGAGAAUUGUAUGGAGUAGUUGACAUGUUGAAAAAGUGGAAAACUAAAUUCACAUUUGUACAUUUCUAUUGAAUGUUCUUUGAAUGACAGCUCUUCACUUAUUAAGACAUGAAAAGCAACUUUUUGGGUCAUAGAUCGUCGUCCUGCACCAAACUCCAUGACCAAAACAUCGAAUUUUAAAUAAACUCUACUCAGAUAACGUGCAGGAAUUCACUUUUUAUUGAUCUUUUAUAUUGUUGUAAAUCUUUUUCCAAACAUUUACAUUGUUGUAAGUGUAACAGAUCUCAAGUGCAUUCAACACUUAUCGGGGUCAGUUAAUUAACCCCAGACGUCCUUUUCUGGAUUUUUGUCAAACUUUAUAUGACGAUAAACAAACCUGCACAGACACACAAGAUUGUUUUGCUCUAUUAUUCCUCAAAAAGUGAAACUCAUAUACUCAAAUACACGUUUGUUGUUUCUUAACACCAGUUUUGUGCAUUAAAGAUUACAGAAAAUGUGCGUAGAAAUGUACAAAAGUGAAUUUAAAUUGCACAAAUCUUUAAUAAAGUGUGCAAUUUUUGGUUUCCACUUCACCAAACCUCCUUCACAUUUACCUUUCUUUAAAAACGUGAAUAUUUCAGCUCCACAGAGUGAAUCUCGUGGCGUCCUGUAAUGAAUACUGAUGUACUACUUCACUCCAGCGCUAUGAAUUGUGGGUAUUGAUGGACUUUUAAUUCCUCAGUCGUCCUGAACUCACUCAGAUAAAAAAAACCUUCAUUCCCUCCAAACUGAUCAGCACUUUUUUCUUCACUGCCGUACCUUAAACGCCUCACCUUUCAUCCUCCCGGUUUUGACCCUUGCCGCCUAUAGUAGGAACAGAAUCCUGCAGUAGUUUGGUUUUAUCGAUGGAUGUAUUGAUUAAUCGUGUAUUAUCUGAAGAUGAAUCUGUGCUUGCUGGGUUUUGUGUGUGUGGGAUGAUGGGAAAUGGGGAUUUUAGCCUUUGCAUGUACCUUUUUGUACUUUUUUUUCUACCUACCAUGCUCCAUUUCAGUUUUUCUUAUUUCUUUUCCCCCUUUCUGAUGUUUACGAGAAUGUGUAUUUUCAUGAUCUUAUAUUGUACAUUUGUUUUUUUUGUUCCUUGUGUCUUGUACCACAGUAUAGCCAUCAUCAUGGACAUUUAAAGUCAUGUUUAAAGAAAAAAAAGAUCAAUAUAUGAAGCAAAAUAAACACAAUCAUUUGUA